UCCAAUAUUAUCUUCCCCUUCAAUGUGCGCAAAUUUGUUCCAGGCAGACGGUGGGGAUUUUAUAACUGUCGCAUGAGCUCUCUGUAAUUGGAGUAGCUAGUUGGUGUGCGUUUGUGUAAUCUAAUUUAUCUAGUUUCUCAGACUGUACAUUCAACAUGGGGACAGAGCAUGUGGGGAAUGAUGUCGUUUCUAAAGAGAACUUCCAGCCAUGUGCCGAAGAAAUACAGAGGUGGAUGGCUAAUGCCUUUGACAUGGCAAAAGAAGCUUUGGAGAAUGGCGAGGUGCCUGUUGGAUGUCUCAUGGUCUACAACAAUGAGAUUCUUGGAAAGGGGAGAAAUGAAGUGAAUGAAACAAAAAAUGCCACUCGCCAUGCUGAGAUGGUGGCUCUGGACCAGGUGCUGGAGUGGUGUCGUCAUAGAGACCUGGACCCCAGGACAGUGUGUGAGAGGACUGUGCUCUACGUGACUGUGGAGCCUUGCAUCAUGUGUGCAGGAGCUCUUCGCCUGACCAACAUUCCUCUAGUGGUCUAUGGGUGUAAUAAUGACAGGUUUGGUGGCUGUGGAUCUGUUCUAGACAUCCCCUCGGCUGAUCUACCUCACACUGGCUCAUCAUUUAAGUGUAUCUCUGGCUUCAGAGCAGAGGAAGCAGUGGAGAUGCUGAAGGCUUUUUAUAAACAGGAGAACCCUAAUGCUCCCAAGCCGAGGACGAGGAAGGAGUGAUAUUUUGUUGGUGUCCAGCAGGGGGCUCUAGACUUUAAGAAAUGAGCAGGCAGGCAGCAUCCCUCAGCCUUAAACCCUUAGUGGUCUCUUCCCUGGACAGGAUCAGGAACAGAGGAAGUAACCGUCCAGUCAGCAUCAGACAGUUCCGGUUGUACCAGCUCCAAGUGACUGCUCCACACUGACCUGCUGUAGCUUUCACUAUGGUUUAAAACUCUCUCUUGUAAAUUGAAUAAAACUUUUUUUGAAAUGCACAAAAUGUUCUCU